UGGUAAGUCUGUACUGACGCUCCGUUGAGUUCACUUAGAGGAAAAAUGGCUGGUUAUCAUCUUUAUUACUUCGAUGCGCGAGGUCGGGCAGAGAUCAUUCGACUAUCAUUCGCUGCUGCGAAUAUGGAAUACGAAGACGUCCGAUUGACUCGAGAGCAAUGGCUUAAGGAGAAAGAAUCUGGCAGGCCCCCCUUGGGUCAAGCACCAUUUCUCGUGACCCCCGACGGAAAAGUGCUCGGUCAGUCUCAGGCAAUCACGAAGUAUGUUUGCAGAUUAGGAGGUUUGAGCCCAACAGAAAGUUUUGAUGAGGCAAUUGCUGAUAUGAUUGUGGGUGGAGUGGAAGAUCUUUUCCAAUCUUUGAUAAAGAUUUUAUUGGAAAAGGAUGAAGCUAAAAAGAAGGCGCUAAUGAAAGAAUUAUUUGAGGAAACUCUUCCUAACCGAUUGCCAAAGUAUGAAAAUAUUCUGAAAGCCAAUAAUGCAGGCAAGGGUUUCUUUGUUGGUGAUAAGCUUACAUAUGCUGACAUCAUUUUCUUCGACAUGAUGUACAUGUUGGGAAAUAUGGAGCCUACUGCCUCGAAGACACUUGAAAAGUCCCCAUUGUUGGCUGCCCAUUACAAGCGUGUGCUGGAUGUGCCAGAAAUAAAAAAAUGGGUCGAGACACGCCCAAAAACAGACCAUUAAAUGUUUUGUGAUUCUGAACUAUUGAUGGUUACCAACUUUGUAGUGAUAGAAAACAAAAAUAAACUAGCUGAAAACGUA